AGGCCUGUAUUGUUAGUGGAGAAGCUGUGCCUAAAACAUUCUCAGUUUCCAGAAUGUUCCAGUGGUUCCCUACAGUCUCCUCACGGAUCCAAUGUGCUCUCUCUGCCUUGUGCGUUGGCCUCCUCAUCCUCAAUAUCAUCGUCACUGUGAGCAUCAGGAAAAACAAUGUGCAGUGUCCAAGCCAGGAGCAGAAAAAUAUCAUCUCAGUGACAGAUUUACCGCACACCCCCUGCCCAGAGGACUGGUCCAUCUUUGCCGGCAGCUGUUACUACUUCUCCAACGUGGCCGUAACGUGGGAAGAGGCCAAACACGCCUGUCAGAAGAGGAGCUCCAACCUGAUUGUGAUCAACAGCAAAACUGAGCAGGACUACGCCAUUAAGGUCAGCAUGGGGCAAUACACUUGGAUUGGGCUCACCGAGAUUGAUGAAGAAUGGAAAUGGGUGGAUGGAACCCCCUAUAAUCUGAGACAAACGUACUGGAAAGAGGGGCAACCCAAUAACUGGUCCGGCCAUCAGCUCCCCGGGGGCGAGGACUGUGCCCAGCUCCAGCUCGGUGGCCAAUGGAAUGACGAGCACUGCAGCCAGCGAUGGCGGUACAUCUGUGAGAAGAAGGCAGGAGUCUAAUGGAGGGAGCUGAGAGGUCCAUGUUGUGCCCAAGGUGGUGCCCAAGAAUUGGAAUAAAAAUGAACUUUAUCCCAAACUCUUUAUUUCA